GCCCCCUCCCAUUGGCCAAGGAGGAGGGGCGGGACUGCCGCCACCGCGCGAGCGAGCCCGCGCCCCUCUACUGCGGCCUGCAGUCUGAGUGGUGGGGAAGUUCGCGCUCCAGGGCUGCGGGAGUCGGUGGCCAGGGGCGGGUGCGUGGCCUGGGCACCGCGAACGCGUGGGCGGCAGCUACCUGCGCGGUUACCGGCAGGCAAGAGGGCACCUUCGCGUGCGCAGUCAGCGGCGGCAGGUGUGCUGGAGCAUCCCGGUCACGUGACCCAGCCGGCGAGCGAGGUCUUGCAGGGGGCGGGGCCCUCCAGGGCACGCCUCCGGGGUCUAAUCAGAGGGCGGAGGCGUGGCCAGGGAGAUUAGUGCUCCUAACGGGUCCUGCUUGGGAAAGGCCCCUGGGUAUGAAAUGGGGUCCGGAUUCCGGGACUCCUGCGUGCCCCAGAUCUCACCGGGGAAAGACGGAGCUAGGGCAGAUGAGCUCCAAGGCCCGCCCUGCCUCUAACUAGGUGUGCUUCCUCGGGAGCACGGGGCUCUCGCCUCCUGCUAGGCCUCGAGGUGCGAGGUGUCCCCUCCGGUCUGCCGCAGGAUGGGCCUCUCUGCCGCGCUCUGGGGACCCCUGGGGCUGCUGCUAUCACUCGCCCUGCCCCCGGCCGUGGGCGCACACACGCACCGGGACUACUGCGUGCUGGGCGCGGGGCCCGCGGGGCUGCAGGUGGCCGCCUUCCUGCACCACGCAGGCCGGGACUACGAGGUGUUUGAGCGCACGCCUGCACCCGGCAGCUUCUUCAUGCGCUACCCACGGCACCGCAAGCUUAUCAGCAUCAACAAGCGGUACACGGGCAAGAACAACGCGGAGUUCAACCUCCGCCACGACUGGAACUCUCUGCUCAGCCACGACCCCCGGCUGGUCUUCAGACACUACUCGCGAGCCUACUUUCCCGAUGCUGGUGACAUGGUGCGCUACCUGCGUGAUUUCGCAGACAGGCUGGGGCUCCAUGUGCGGUACAACACAAAUAUUGUCCAUGUCACUUUGAAGAAGGACUGGCAGGCCUGGAACAGCCACUACUUCAUCCUGACCAAUCAGAAGGGCCAGGUGUACCAAUGCAGCGUCCUUCUUGUAGCCACAGGUCUGUCAGUCCCCAACCUGGUGGACUUCCCAGGCUCCGAAUAUGCGGAGGGUUAUGAGUCUGUGUCCGUGGACCCUGAGGACUUUGUGGGUCAGAACGUGCUCAUCCUGGGUCGGGGGAACUCUGCCUUCGAGACAGCGGAGAACAUCUUGGGUGUCACAAACUUUAUCCACAUGCUGAGCCGCUCCCGGGUGCGGCUGUCCUGGGCCACCCACUACGUUGGAGACCUCAGAGCCAUCAACAACGGCCUGCUGGACACCUACCAGCUGAAGUCCCUGGACGGGCUUCUUGAGUCAGACCUGAGAGAUCUGGCCAUCGUGAAGGAUGCCAAGGGCAAGUUCCACAUCACCCUGGGGUUCUUCCUGGAGGAGACCAAUGCCAGCCGGAGUGCCGACGCCAUCCCCCUGCCCCAGGAUGACAAUGACAACUUUGCCAUGCGUGUGGCCUACGACCGGGUCAUCCGCUGCCUGGGCUGGAAGUUCGACUUCUCCAUUUUCAACCAGUCCCUGCGACUCUCCUCUGGGAGCGAGUUCAGCAAGAAGUACCCGCUGAUCAGAGCAAGCUAUGAAUCCAAAGGAACCCGGGGUCUCUUUAUCCUGGGUACUGCCAGCCACUCGGUGGACUACCGGAAAUCAGCAGGGGGCUUCAUCCACGGCUUCCGGUACACAGUGCGCGCUGUGCACCGGCUCCUGGAACACCGCCACCAUGGCAUCCCCUGGCCCUGCACCGAGCACCCCACCACUCAGCUGACCAACUCCAUCAUCCGGCGUGUGAACGAGGCUUCUGGGCUCUACCAGAUGUUCGGGGUGCUGGCUGAUGUCAUCCUGCUGAAGGAGAACGCCACGGCAUUUGAGUACCUGGAAGAGUUCCCCAUGCAAAUGCUGGCCCAGCUGGAGACCCUCACGGGAAGGACGGCCAAGCACGGGCUCUUCAUCAUCAACAUGGAGUAUGGCAAAAACUUCUCGGGGCCUGACAAGGACGUCUUCUUUCAUGACCGGUCUGUGGGACACACAGAAGACGCCUGGCAGUCUAACUUCCUCCACCCUGUCAUCUACUACUACAGGCACCUCCCCACUGAGCAGGAGGUGAGGUUCCGCCCUGCACACUGGCCCCUGCCGAGGCCCACGGCCAUCCACCACAUCGUGGAAGACUUCCUGACAGACUGGACUGCCCCGGUGGGGCACAUCCUCCCUCUGAGGCGCUUCCUGGAGAACUGUCUGGACACCGACCUGCGAAGUUUCUAUGCAGAAUCUUGUUUCCUGUUCACCCUCACACGCCAGAAGCUGCCCCCCUUUUGCCAGCAGGGUUACCUGCGAAAGCAGGGGCUUGUGUACACCAAGAGCCUUCAGCAGCACGGCGUGGAAAGCGGGCUCCUGCGGGACUAUGCCACCAUGGGCCAGGUCCUGGAGGACAGCAGUCGGCAACCUGGUGACCAAGAGCCAGUGAAUCAGCCCCUGGGUACAGGGCAUCUGAUCCAUCUUGACAGCAACAAAGAGGAGCUCUGACUGUCCUCUCCUAGGCUGCGGCAGAGUGGCGGAGUUAGGCCUCCUGUUUCGCUGCAGCCUCACACUCCCACAGACGUGUGACUGCCAGAGACCAUGCAGGUUCUCGCCAUGGCUGCACCAAAGCAAUCAUCAGGGCAUAGAAGGGCUGGGAUGCCCACAGUGCAGUGGCCUUCCCUCCUGUCUUGGUCCCUGAGUGCCAGGUGGCAAGGUCAGGAGAAGGGCAUCCUCUGCCAGCUGUGUGCUGCCUUCCACAGCUAUCUCGUCUCCAGAGGACCGUCACUGAGCACAGAACGGCCCAUCCGGUCCCCUUUGAGGUCCCAUCUGCUGCUUUUUCUUCUAGCCUAACCCUUGGAUGGACCGGGAUCCUGCCUGUGGAGCAUUUCACAAGUGAAACCCAUCCUCAUCUUCAUAAGGGUAUGCAGCAGGUGCUUUAAAACAAAAGCUCAAUGUCCUCAACAAGGUAAUGGGCAGAUGGGAUUGUCAUCCCCAGAGUGCUGCUGAAGACCCCAGCCAGGAGGUGUUGAGUCCCUCCCAGAGUCCCCAGCCACGAGUGCCUGUCUGCAUUCUCCUCUUCAUGCUGCCUCAUCCACAGCUUCAUCAUGCUGCCUUGCCCAUCCUGGCCCCUGCUCUCAGGAGGGCCUGGACUUACCAACAGAACCCAGGGCGAUAGCUCUGGCUUAUCUCAUGGACACAGAGGGCUGGCAUGGGGCAGAGAGGACACUCCCUGCAAGGUAUCAGACCCAAGCAGGUUCCUCCCUGAGCAGUAGAACACAGGCGCACAGAGCACCCUCUCCCCAGCAUCACCCCCCUGAGGAAUCCACACCUCUGUGACCCUCUUGCCCCAUGCCCUCCUGCGUCCUGAACCUGCCCAGUCAAGUACAGUGAAGCUGCUUUUCCGCUAUCCUGUUCACCAUGUGCAGAGAAACAUUGGCAGAGGCUUUCGGAAGGUACCAGUGCAUUCAGCUCCUCUUCCUUGUCCUCGGUCAUCUGGCACGCACUCGCCCCUCUGGUGUUUCAGUCUCACUUGGGAGUAAGCCAUGGGAAAGAGUUUAUCCACUAGGCAGUCGCAGUGGUUUCCCAGAGCCAAGGAUCAGCUUCCUCGAUGGUUGUCACUAGUUUUUCAGGGAUCCACUCAGAAUUCCAGAGACAUGGGCUUUCUAGACCCAGAGCUGCUUCCUGAGAACAUCCUCAUCCUCUCGGCUAGAUACAAACCCCCAGCCACCUGGCCCACUGUCCAUGCACAGCCUCCUCCCUCCGGUCACUUGCACAGUCCCAGUAGGCGUAUCCUGGGAGGAGCUGUUCGUCCCAUGACCCCACCAGGAAAAUUUGCACAGGGUUUCUUGUUAAUUCCAGGGUGCAGCAUUUACUGUAUUUCAUAUAGAUUAAAUGUGAACCAAAAUUGGAUGCUGUUAUCCCACCCUGUCAUUUCCAAAGCAUUUUUUAAAUGAAUCUUUUAAUUAGGGCUCUUCCCGAACAUCAAAUCCUGUUCCACACAUCUCGCCCACCCAGUUACUGAGGCUGGCUGAGCCACUUGUUCCAGUAAAAUUGUGAGGCGCUGUAACAAGUAGUUGACUGACACCUAAAUAUGAGACAUCUGCUGCAUUUCCCUUCAUCUGCCAAGUUGUCAGUCCCAUGAAAAUACCAGUCAGCCUUAUUUGUUUUUAAUAAGGCAGAAUUCCACCCUUACUCAGUUCAUGAGAUACGUCUUCCUCGACUUGCUUUUGGUAAAUUAGUACUGUAGCUGUACAAAAAUCAUGGCCACACUUGCCAAGUCCCCACAGGACUUGUUCCUAACAGGCCUCUCCCCUUUUCUUACCUGACCUCAGGUGCUGUUGCUUUGGGUGGCUGGCGCCUUCCUGCUGUGUUGGGUUCCCAUUUUUUAACCUCUGCCUCAUUUCCUUUUGCUGGCAAGUCUGGACAGCCCAGUAGCACAGCUCAUGUUUUCCAGCCGGCCCAAGUUCCUCUGUUAGUGAAAACCUGACUUUGUUCAUUCCUUUUUUCCUUAAUAUGAGAAGUUACUGGUACAAAAUAGACAAGUCAGGGAAAUAAGCAGGAGGCCAGAAGGCAACUCUGUUUUAAAAAGAGAUGAUUUAAAGAAGAAUCACAAACCAAUUUUUUUUAAAAAAGACUGCAUGGAACUUUGCCUGAAAUGUUAGCCUAGUCACUUGAGAAUUAUUUUUUUUAAGUUUAAACCCCUAUUUCAUACUGUAUACUUUGAAGGUAAUUCCAGAUAAAAUUUUUGAAGCCUUAUAGAAACGGGUUGAGUAGGAGGACCAUAGUCAAAGAAAAGACUUUCCAAGUUUAAAAGCAAUAGAAGAUUUCUCCAGAGGGAAAGAUUUAGCAUUUCCAGGGAUACCCACUGAGCCCCUAAAUGUGACUAUUUUAUAGAAAAUGAUAAGGAGAAAUAGCAUGGGCAAAUAUAAUUAUGGGAGAAUAUAACAAAAUAUAUUAGUAACUUACUGAAAUAAAAGAAAUACGAAGAACUGUUCGGUAAACUACCCAGUAGACUGUUACAUAGCUCUGAAAAUGAUCACGAUGAAAAACUAGGUAAUACAAAUGCAUAUGUAAUCAAGUGGGAAAAAAGCAAGAUGUAAAAUUACAGUCCCAACUACUUGAAUUACUUGUAACUGUAAAGACAGAAACCCAUGUAGCUGGGGAUGGUGGCACACACCUGUAAUCUCAGCACUCAGGAGGCUGAGGCAGGAGGAUCACUGCACAUUUGAGGCCAGCCUGGGCUACACAGUGAGACCCUAUCUCAAAAAAAAAAAAAAUCCACGUGCAGCAGAAAAUACAGAAAGGAAACAUCACAAUCUCAACACUGGUUAGAUUGGGUAUAGAGGGUUAUUUUUUCUUUUCAUUUUCCUCUUUUCAAGUUCUGUGGUUAUAUUCCAUAGUGAAGUAAAUGCAGUUAUCCUCCAAAAACUUCUGAUUUUGAAACUUGGAAUUGCCAGGGCAAGUGGACACAGGAGCCCUUCCCAGCAGACAUGUUCAGGCAGUGUCCUUGUAGUGUCCCCUUGGAGCCACUUCCUUCCCUGCCAGUUGGGAAGAAGCAGCACCAAGUGUCACAAGUUCAGCUAAAGAAAUGAACUAUGAGCAGUGUAUGUUCCUCUCAUGGAGUCUUGUUACUAGCUGAACCAGCACCAUGGAGAUCUCUGGAAACAUCUUCCCUCCCAAGUGUUAGAAAAUGAAAGAUAAAAAUCCUUACUUGGUGGAGCCUUCCUGUGUUUAGUCUCCAAUGUACUGUACAGCCCCAAAUUCCUUUUAUCUGGUAAAAGUAGGGAUAAAGUCUCCUUAGAAAUGAA